UUUUCUGCUGCUCUAGUCUGUUGUCAAGGUAAACAUCCGACCAUCGCCGCGAAAAUAUAUAUCGUGAAGUAGUUGUAUAUUUUUUAUCAUUACCAUUACAAUGAGUGUGAGAACGUACAACCCAUCGGUUCGUGUAGGCAACUGGAAUGAAGAUAUACAGCUAGAAGAGGACACACUAAAAGAUUUUCUAGAAAGGAGAGAAAAAGGUGAACUACUAUACCAGAAAAGAUCCAAACUUCAACAGACUUUAUUUGACAGACUUGAACUCAGUAUAUCUAGGGAUGGAUUGGUUCACUUUGGUGAUAAAGUAAAUCUACGUUGUCCAGGUGCUCGCGAUAAAACUAAGUUUUUUGCUCAUGUUGAACCAAGGGCAGAUUGCCAGUUAGCAGUUUCACCCGCAAUACAGAGAAUUCUAGAAGCCAAAAGAUUAGAGGGACCAUGCAAUACUGCAGGAUCAAAGGAAUUGGGGGCAAAUCUCAGAAACACAUUUGUUAUUACCAGUGCUGAUGGUACACCAUGUGGACAGCCAUUAAGAUAUGGACAGAAGUUUUUCUUGUGUACAUUAGAUAAUGAGGGAGGGAGUUUGUUUGUAUCUAGUGAUAGAGCCACAACUGGCAAAUCAGCUCCCAAAUCCAGACACCAAGAUGUAACAUUUGUAUCAGAGCCUUCCUUUCUAACAGAGUUCCAAAUCUUGCACUUUAAUCCACAGUUACGGUUAGAAUAUGAAGGAAUUGCUGUACCUGCUAACACCAAAAUAAUUUUCAACCACAAAUAUACAAACCAGAAUUUAGCUGUUGAAGAGGAAUUUUCAAUGAGAACUCCAUAUGGAACACGAGAGUAUGAAAUAUCAUGCAACACCUACUUAGAUUCUCAUCGUGCUGAUAAAGAAGUCAAUCAUUGGAUGAUCAUGAUGGGCGUGCCAGGUGAUGAGAUUUAUCCAGUUAUUAGUAAUGAAGCAUCACAAUCUACUACUGCCUCAUAGAUUGGAAAUUGUUUUUUUUUAGUUACAAUUUGAAGUUAUGAAUUACAAACCUGAAAUAUUGUUAACUGCAAUAUAUAUAUAAUGUGUCUAGGAACCAAAGUUUUGUUUUUGGUAGUGCAGAAACUUUAUACAUUAAUAUACAGUAACCAGUAUUAGAUAUAUAUAACAGUAAUUGUCAUCAUGUUUUUCUUAAUGGAUACCAAAGAAAAUUUGUUCAGCUGAUAACUGACUCAUGUAUUUCUUUUAAGAUAUAUCUUAUUUUUAUAAUUUAUUUACUAUUGCAGUUUUAUAUGCAGAGAUAGCAUAUUUAUUGGCAAGGUUUAGCAUGGUGUGAUAUUUAUGCACAAAGCUUAGCAUUAAGUUAUAUGUAUAUGCACAAAGCUAAGCAUUAAGUUAUAUUUAUGCACAGAGUUUAGCAUUAAGUGAUAUUCAUGCACAAAGUUAAGCAUUGUGUGGUAUUUAAAAUAUAGUAUAAGUAUUACAAAAGGAAUCGUUUAUAAUCAUUCCGAAAUAGUAUUAAUGAAAACAGCAUUUUUUCAAGCUUUUCUAUUUAAAGUUUAUAAAACCAGUAGCUUUAAAUCAAAAUAUAUAUUCCAUGAUAGCAUUAUUCCAACAACGAGUAGUAUAGUAAUGUUUUAGAUAUCAUAUACCUUGUUUUUCACACAUGUUAUUUAGAAGAUAUUUAUCAGAGAGGUUUAGCAUGAUAUGAUAUUAAAAUGAACAAGGUUUAGCAUUGCUUGAUAUAUACACAAAAUAUGAUAUUACAAGAGGAAUAGUUUUUUUCUUCUUUGGAAUUUGUGAUAAUAAGUAUUUCUGUAAAUUAAGGGAUAGGAUGCAAGUUAAAAUAAAUUAUCUGUCUUUUCAACAAUAAAAAGGUAGGAUAAAAAUGAAUUAUUCACAUAAAAAAUAUCAUACUUGAACAGACUCAAUUUUUGAUGAAAAAAGUAACAAACCAGAGAUGGCGAAAACAGUCAAAGCUCCAAUUUUUGGUGUAUGUGUCAUACAACUAAAUAAUGAUUUUUUUUUUUUCUAUGAACAUUAUUAUCUAUAUUAUCACGGUGAUAUUUUUAUGACUUACUUUAUGAAUUGUUCUUUCUCCAUUCUUAAGAUGGAUAUAAGAACUGAACAGCACAUGCAAAGUAGUUCAGAAAUGAUUUUACAAAUGCAAAUUGAUUAACUUAAACUUUGAAGUGUUUAUAUAUAAAAAUGUUUUUAUCCCAAUACAAACUAAAGCAUUUGAAAACAUUGUAUAUGACCUUAAGGAUGUUUUGUUGUAAAUUAUUCAGCUUUUGAUUAGAAGAAUAGAAUUUGACAAUAUUUUAAUGUUUAUUUAUAUGAUAUACAUUGUUUUGUUAUCUCUUCAAAUAUGCUAGUAGUUGAACUUGUAAUGAAUUAAUUAAAACACCCAAGCUCUAGCUACAAAUGUUUAACUAUAGAACCUGUAUGCAAAAUGAUUUGUUUUGUACAUAAAAAUUUAUUCCGUAAUAAGUACCUGUUAUAUUUUUUACCAUUUUGUAAUAAUUUAAUUGAAAUAUUGCCUGUAAUUUACAGUAAGGCAUUAUAAAAAUGAAUUGAAUUUUUUCGUUCUUUGUAGCCUCAACAUCAAAUUGUGAUGGUUGUUUUAACAAAAUAAGAUACUUUUCUCACAUCAAAUGAUGAACAAACAAGACACUCCAUAAUUAAUUUCUACUUGAAAAUUAGAAAAAAAAAUCUGCUUGCUGGACAUAUGAUGUAUAUUGUGGUUAAAAGCUUUUUUAGUGUUAAAAAAUCAAAUGAUUAAUUGCUUUUUCAAGACUGGAAUUGGUAACUGCCAUCAAAAAAACAUAAUUAUGCAAAUGUUACUUGAAUGUCAACAGGCAGGCAGUAUUUUAGGAACAACAGUUAGUGAAUAUGUUUUAUGAAUAUUUAUUAUUAAAUUACAUACUAUUUA